AUGACACUCUCUGAAACAAUAAAGAGAAAUCUUUUACAAACAAAACUUUUGUUGAAAAAGAAUGUAGUGGUUGCGAUUCGUUCGUGGAUCUCCACUGUGAUAGAGUUGCUUUCACCAGUAUUCUUUAUUCUGAUAUUGUUAAUCAUUGCACAUUCACCAUCACCCAUGAAUUCAUUAUUACAGAGACCAGUCACCAAGUAUGGAGAUUCAUUACCACUUUGUAAACCAUAUACAGAGGAUCGUUGUUUCACAUUGAUGUUUGCACCGAUUACACCUUUAACAACAGAGCUUAUGACUAUUCUAGGACAGAUAAACGAUCCACCACUUAGUAUUACCACCAAUUUGUCAGUCAGUUAUGGAAUCGUAGCAAUGGAUUCAGCCGAUGCCAUCCUUUCGUUUGUCCAAGAACAUCCAAAUGUUACCAUGGGUGGUAUUCAAUUCAAUUCGAUGCCAUUCAACUUCUCUACACGUUUCCCAGACGAUCCAAUCGUAAAGAUAUUCAGUCCACUCAUUGAUUUCAAUAUUCUCUGGAAUUCAUCGUGUCCCAACUUUAUCGAUCCAACCGCUUGCACCGAUUGGGCUGUUCCAAUCAAUUUGGCAAUGCACCGUGCUAUCAAUACUAUGCUGUCACAGGAGCGAAAUAUAACUACCCAACCAACUACCACCGUCACAACUUCUACGUAUCCCCUGUACGAUCCAUCGGCUAACAGUGUAGCCACCUACGGUUGUCUGUUCUUCUACUGUGGUGCAAUGAUUUCCUUCAUUUUCCUCAUGUACAAAAUCUCCUAUGAGAAAGAAAAGAAAUUGAAACAAGGUAUGAUCAUGAUGGGUCUGAGUGGAACUGUCUACUGGGUCUCUUGGUUCAUCACCUGUUUGAUUCUCAACGUACUCCUAACUCUUAUUACCAUUGCAAUGGGUGCCGCCGUUCAAUUCCAAUUCUUCUUGAGCACCAACUUCUUUGUCAAUUUCCUUACAUUCUUUUUAUUCGCAAUCACCAUGAAUCAAGUUGCUUUCUUUAUCUUAACAUUUAUUCAAACAACAAAAGCUGCAAUUGGAAUUGGUAUGACAAUUUUUAUUAUUGGUUCAAUUUUACAAUUGAUUUUCAGUUCAAUGGGAGUCUUAAUUUUCCAAAUUCUCUAUCAGACAAACAGUACAUAUGCUUUGGUUGCCAGAAUCUUCUUAUAUGUCCUUCCAAUGUCACACUUUUCAAAGGCUAUCACCGAUAUCAAUACAAUUACAAUGUUGAGUAAAUACACUGGUGCCAAGUUCACUUGGAGUGACCUCUAUUUGAAUCUCAAUUCACCAGAUUCCAAGAAUGUCAAUAUUCCAGAGACCUAUGAAUCAUUAGUUAAUUUGGUGAUUCUUGCUAUUGCCUACACUGUCCUUGCUUGGUACUUUGAACAUGUUGUACCAGGAAACGACGGUAACUCUUAUCCACCCUGGUUCUUCCUCUUGCCAUCGUACUGGGGAAUCACACAAAAGAAAGCCAAACACAUCCCAACACCACACUUUGAAGAUGCCGAUGUUGUAGAAGCCAUUGAGAAAGCACAUUCCACAAGCAAUCGUGCACCAGUCACCAUCCAAGGUUUGUCAAAGACAUACAAUAAUAUUUUCAACAAGUCUCGUUCAGUUAAAGCUGUCAAAUACCUAAGUCACAACGGUGCUGGAAAAACAACGACCAUUGGAAUCUUGACAGGUCUAAUCAGUCCAUCCUCUGGAGAUGCCAUGAUUUUCGGAAAGAGUAUCGUAAGAGAAAUGGAUGAGGUUAGAAAAAUGACAAGUGUUUGUCCACAACAUGAUAUCCUCUGGAAUGAGUUGACCGCUCUUGAACAUCUCCAGCUAUUCUCUGAACUCAAAGGUAUUCCCGUACAUGAACGCCAAACUGCCAUCGACGAAGCAUUGGAAUCUGUCAAACUCAGAAAGGUUGCCAACAACCAAAUCAACACAUACUCUGGUGGAAUGAAGCGUAGAUUGUCUGUCGCCAUUGCAACCAUCGGUGAUCCAAAGAUUAUUUUCUUGGAUGAACCAACCACCGGUAUGGACCCACAGUCUCGUCGUCACAUUUGGAAUCUCUUCAAGGAGAUCAAGAAGGACAAGGUUAUCAUUUUAACCACUCACUUGAUGGAGGAAGCAGAUAUUCUUGCCGAUCGAAUUGUUAUUAUGUCUCACGGUCAGAUGGCCUGUAAUGGAAACUCACUCCAAUUGAAACAUAGAUUCGGUGAAGGUUACUCUAUCAAUGUAAUUGCUAAAACACCAGAACAAGCACCAGAAAUCAAAGCCAUCGUUCAACGACUAUUGCCACAGAGCAAACUGCUUAAUGAGGCCGCUGACUUUAUGAAUUUUGGAUUCAGUUUGGAUACCGAUCCAAAUAUUGUUAUCAAUUUCUUCAAACAAUUGGAAACCAUAUCAAAGAACAGUGAAACUUCACCUAUUAGAGAUUGGGGUGUUUCUCACACAACUUUGGACGAUGUCUUUAUAAGAGUAACUAAACUAAAACAAAAUUAA